AUGUCUCGUAUUAUUGUAAAAGGGUUACCGACGUACCUGACCGACGACGGUCUGAAGAGCCAUUUCAACAAGAGGCUGAUUUCGAACCACGAAAACACGACAGAUGAGCUGAUCACGGAUGUUAAGAUUCUGAAGGACAAAAACGGACAGUCGAGACGGUUUGCUUUCAUUGGGUUUCGCAACGAGGCGGAUGCGCACGACGCGGUGAACUAUUUCAAUGGGUCGUAUAUCAACACGGCGAAGCUCGAGGUCAGCAUGGCAAAGAGUUUUGCCGACCCGGGAGUCCCGCAGUCAAUGAGGGAGAAGAAACGGGAGGCAUACAAGCGGAUGCGUGAACGGGAGGCACAGCUUGCACAGGAGGAGGAGUCUGCCCGUGCCAACAAAAAGCAGAAAAAUGUACCUGAGAAUACGAGCAGGGGUAUCGACGCGGAGAUCGCAAAGGACAAGCAACUACAAGAGUUCAUUGAGACCAUGAAACCGGGCGCUCAUGUGGCGUCUUGGGAGAAAGUGGGAUCCAAUAAAACGGAGGAGACGGAAAGUACCAUAGCCAACGACGAGGCGGACAACGCGCAGGGGAACCUGCUGCUCGCUCACGCAUUGGCAAUGAAGAAAGACGAGCCGGCGUUGCUCAAAGAGACAGCCAGCGAUGACGAGUAUGAAGAGUUGAAUAAGAAGUCAACAGAGACACAGGCGGAUGAAGGUGAUGAACCCAUGAUGUCGCUUGACCAGCUGGAUGAAGGCGCAGUUGCCAACAGCGAGAAUAACUUGGCCCAGGAUGAAAAAGUAUCUGAUUUAGACUGGUUCAAACAAAGACGUGUAAGAAUCAAGGAUGGUGCCAAUGAACCUGUAAAGAAACCAACACAACCACAGGAAGAAGAGGAGGCGACGGAUGCUAAACCCGAAUAUGUGGAACCCGCUCAACCGGAAAAAUCUGAGGAAGAAGUCGCGCUGGAGAAGAUUGGUCAAACAGGUAGACUCUUUCUUCGUAAUAUCUUGUACAACUCUACAGAACAAGAUUUCAGGGACUUGUUUAGUCCAUUUGGGGAACUCGAGGAGGUCCAUAUCGCGGUGGAUAUCAGAACGGGGAAAUCGAAGGGGUUUGCGUAUAUUCUUUUCAAAAAUCCAAAGGAUGCUAUCCAAGCUUACAUAGAGCUGGACAAACAAAUCUUCCAGGGAAGACUACUGCACAUUUUACCGGGGGAAUCGAAGAAAAACCAUAGGCUAGACGAGUUCGACUUGAAAAACAUGCCGCUAAAGAAACAGCGUGAGUUGAAGAAGAAAGCCACUGCCUCGAAACAGUCCUUUUCGUGGAACUCGCUGUACAUGAACCAGGAUGCAGUACUGGCCAGCGUUGCCAACAAACUCGGCAUGCAAAAAUCUGACCUGAUCGAUGCAGAAAAUUCAAACUCCGCUGUUAAGCAAGCGCUAGCGGAAGCGCAUGUUAUUGGUGAUGUGAGGAAAUAUUUUGAAGCUAAGGGCGUUGACCUCACAAAAUUCCUACAGAUGAGAACUCAGAGUGAUAGGGACGAUAGAGUCAUUUUGGUGAAAAACUUCCCCUUUGGUACCAAUAUUGAGGAAUUGGGCGAACUGUUCCUGCCAUUUGGUAAGUUGGAGAGGUUGCUUUUGCCCCCUGCAGGUACAAUUGCUAUUGUUCAGUAUAAGGAUAUUCCGUCAGCAAGGGCGGCUUUUACAAAACUUGCAUACAAGAGGUUUAAAGACGGUAUCAUAUAUCUAGAAAAGGGUCCCAAAAACUGUUUUGCUAGAGAUGCUACUGCUGAUGAGGCAAUGGAGAAGGAAACCGCGCCGGCUGUUGAAAUAAAACCAUCUGUGCACGAUAUCAUGGAAGGGAACAAGAGCAAGGAGGAAGUAUCACAAGAUGCCCAUGAACGUGAUGACGAUGCCAUUGAUGGUCCCACGGUGUCCAUCUUCGUUAAAAACCUGAACUUUAGCACAACAUCUGUUCAACUAACAGAUAGAUUUAAGAAGUUUGGCGGGUUUGUUGUCGCCCAGGUUAAGACGAAACCAGAUCCAAAACGUGAGGGACAUACGCUAUCCAUGGGGUUCGGCUUCGUGGAGUUUAGGACGAAAGAACAAGCAAACGCCGUCAUUUCAGCGAUGGACGGUGAAGUUAUCGAUGGCCAUAAGAUUCAACUGAAACUUUCGCAUAGACAAAGCAACAACACCAGCUCGCACGGCUCUAACAAAAACUCCAAGAGCGGGAAGAUUAUUGUCAAGAAUUUGCCGUUCGAAGCUACCAGGAAGGAUGUCUUCGAACUAUUCAAUUCGUUUGGCCAGCUCAAAUCUGUCCGUGUCCCCAAGAAAUUCGACAAAUCCACCAGAGGUUUUGCGUUUGUUGAAUUUCUAUUGCCAAAGGAGGCAGAAGAUGCAAUGGACCAACUACAAGGUGUGCAUUUGCUAGGUCGUAGACUCGUCAUGCAAUAUGCGGAACAAGAAGCGGCAGACGCUGAGGAGGAAAUUGCUCGCAUGACCAAGAAGGUGAAGAAGCAAAUUGCCGCCAGAGAAUUCUCAGAACUGAGAAAUAGCGGUGGGAGAAAACGGCUGGACAUUGACGAUGGAACGGGUAAUGAGUUUGAUGGAUUCUGA